GAUUUCCUCAUUCACAGAUUUGUAGGUUUGGUCAUUCAACAGGCAAGCAGGGUAGAGUGUUGAGGUUAUUUGUUCAUGCUCUGUGUGUUCAAAGACCUAUCAAUAUACAAAGAUUGGUAACAUCCAUUCAGACCAAUAGAAAUUAUCAGAAAUUCGAGCGGCGGAACCGAAAUCUAGAUCACGUGACAUCAAUCGAGCAGACGACGUCAUUUUGAAGCCGAGUCGUGUAAACAAUUGCCAUCAUCGUUAUGGUUUUCACACCUGUCUUUAUUGACUUUAAGGAUGCCGCGGAAGAAACGCAGUAAGGGCUUUUGUACACAGAAGUACCUAUGGAAAAAACCUAAGGUCACAACCAGCAGGGAUGAAACAAUACCUGCUCUAUCGGAUGAAAAUAUACCUGCUCUAUCGGAUGAAACAAUACCUGCUCUAUCGGAUGAAAUAAAACCUGCUCUAUCGGAUGAAACAAUACCUGCUCUAUCGGGAUUGUCAAAUGAUUCAUGUUCUGGCAACAGUCCAACGUGUAGUAAUGUUUAUGUCCAAACCUGUGAUGAGGGGAAUGACCAUGACUACUGUGUUCAUUUAGAUGAUGAUUCAGGGUUGCUGAAUACAGGAUUCAUUGAUAAUGGUCCAGACAUAAUGAACAUGGAAGAUGAGACGGACAUUUUGAAUCGUGGAUUUUUGGAAGACUUUGAACAGAAUGCAAAUGGGAAAACAACACUAAAUCAUCAGGAAUGUGACAUUGAGGAGGUGGAGGUUGAUUGUGUUGACUUUUUAAAACUACAGACUGAAGUUCAGGAAAAUAUCAGUCAGGAUUUCAUGGUUUGUAAAGACAGAAGCAAAUUGACAUUGAUGCAGAUGUACUCGCACAGUGAUGCUGCCUCCGUAAAACAGUCCAUAGAGGUGCACUCUGACUUCAAAUGCAAUUUGUUCGUGCAUAGAAAACCAGUGCCUCGUAGUCAUGUCAUUUGGACAGAUCUGCCAUUGUUAUUUGACAGGGUUUCUGUGAUGAUGGAACUUUGUAGGAGACUUGCUGUGAACUCUUUCUGUAGUCUGCAGCUGCAAGAAGUAAUUAAUAUGAAUAAACUAUAUGUAUUAGACUUGACCGUAUUUAUUUUGUUUAAAUCUGUACAGAUCUUGCAAAGUAUCCAUGUUGGUCACCUGUUUAACACAAAAAUGUUAUAGAAAUGUUGUUCUUUCAUUUUAUGAAUCUCGUUCUGAGAAAAUUGGACAUAAUGUUUUUGCGUAAAUUGUCAUUCCAGAUUAGCCUGUGCAGUUCAUACAGGCUAACCAGGGACGACACUUUCCGCUUAUAUGACAUUUUUCGUUUAAAUAAAGUCUCUUCUUAGUAAAAAACCAAAUAAGGCGUAAAGGGUCGUCCUUGAUUAGCCUUGGUGGACUGCACAGGCUAAUCUGGGAUGAAACUACGCACAAGCAUUAUGUCCAGUUUUCUCGAAACGCGACUCGUGUAAUGAAACAACAUUUCUUCAAUAAAAAGGUAUUUCGUUAAUUAAUUAUUAACUGUUGUGUAAUGUUGUAUGUUGUUAAAUAUGCUAUUAAACUAUCAAAUAAUUUA